UAAUUAAUAUUAUCUACAACCGUGCCCGAAACUACGAUUUAUUUUUAGAAAAGUAAAUUAUUUAUUGUCGUUUGUCGUAAACGGUUUUGCACAAUCACUCCGAAAUCAGCUACAGAUAACGAAUAACAAGUUAACGACAACUCGAGUACUCGACACUGUUAGUUGUAACUUCCAAUUUCCAAUAAUCAUUUUAGAUGAGACGUGACUCCGGACUCGUGGUUUAAUCUUUAGUUAGUAAUCGUUCAGUGAUCGUUCUCUUUUCGGAUGUUGUAAGUAUAAUAUACCCUUUUUUAUAGUUAACAUUUAACGGAAGUUUCCCUCCAAAUCGUUUUUGUUCGACGCACGCCUGUGCUGUAUACUAGUGUAUAGCCAUAUUACGUCACCGACUGCCAAUUGAGAGGAAAGUAUUAAUUCUUUACAAACCCUUACACCUACUUCAACUGUACUUGAGGAUUUCCUGCAAUACCCAUCAUUUCGUUUUGUAUAAUGGCGAAUAAUACCUGGAAUUCAUGGGUGUCUUAUAUCAAACAAGAGGAGAAUAAUAUGAUACGGAACCUGUAUGAUGGUUAUAAACCCCAAAAAAAUACCAAUUCAGUAAAUUAUAAACAUAAAAGUGUUAUCGGUCGCCCGAAUCGUGUGUUACAUUUGGAAAUUCUUCGGACUACCGUUAAAGUAACUACACAUGUAUUGUAUUCAGUCCUGAGCAUUCAUGGAGAAAUAUUACGAAUUGUUAUAUACAGAAAGUUUGGACAACUCAGGGCAUUUGUUGAAUUUAGCAAGGAAGAAUUUGCAACAAAAGUAUUUGGUGAAUCUAAUUAUAUCAUUUUAGAUUAUAUAUCAUUGAAGGCUGAAUAUGCUAAGGCUUCCAGGAUAAAUGUAUUAAAUAAUGACGAAUUAACUUGGGAUUACUUAAAGUCACCCUUAUUAGAUUAUGUUAAUGGUUUACCUACACUGAAAUCGAUUGUCCCUGUUUUAAAAGAUUCACCUCAAAGUUUAAAAAAUAGAAACAUUGCAAAACACGAUACAACUUGGGAACUGGUUGAAAACUAUGAUUUUAUUAAACCUGCUGAUACAUCCCUUGCACCAGAAAAAACUAAAACAAUACAGUUUGUUAUGACCGCAAACAGUAAAACCCGUAAAACACUCUCCACCAUUUCAUGUUCCGAAAAAUUUUCCAUUCUGUCUGUUCGGGGUCUCGACCCGGCCAAAAGCAAUUGCAAUAGACUUUUCAGACUAUUGUCUUUGUAUGCCACAGUGGCUAAUAUUAAUUAUUCGCGUGAGUUAAAUUCUGCCGAAGUUCAAAUCAGUAAAUGCGAUGAUAUCAAUACAUUUGCUCAAAUUCAACAUCAUUAUCUAUCGCACGGAUUCAACUUAUCAUUCCAGUAUUUAAAAGAUGAUAAGAAGACAAAAAAUCGUUGUAUCAAUCCAUUUGUUUUGUCCGAUGGAUCACCAUCAUAUGUCGUUUAUGAUCGAAAAAUGACACAACAUGUAUCAAGUCCUCCGCCAUCUAGAGUGCUCCAGUUUGUAGGCGCUCCACCGAGUAUGAAUGCCGAGAAACUUAUUUCACUGUUUAAAAGAACAAUUAAAAACAAAAAUUUAAAGAUCAAACUUCUGACUCCCAAAGAUCCUAAAAAAAGUUUGACGAUUAGUGGUGAAAUUUGGUUUUCCACUGUAAGUGAAGCUAUUGAAGCUGUAAUGGAAAUUAAUUAUGCAAUUUUUUGGAAUAAAGAUACCAACAAGAAGGAAUACGUGUUGAAAUUGACAUUUAUUUCUGAAGUACUACCCAUACUUGAAAAUGUUGCAAUAAAAACAGAAAAUAAUAAUGUAAUAAAAACCAAAGGUCACAAAGUGAUUAAAACAGAAUUUAAUAAACUGAUCAAAAUAGAAGAUAUUAAAGAGACCAAAACAGAUAGAAAUGAAGUGAUAAAAACAGAAGAUUAUAAAUUGAUCAAAACAGAUAAUAAUAAAAGGAUCAAAUUAGAAGAUUAUAAUGUGAUCGAAACAGAAGAUUAUGAUAAUAUAGUGAUCAAAACAGAAAAUAAUAUAGCGAUCAAAACAGAAGAUUCUAUAGUGAUCGAAUCAGACGAUGAUUUAGCGAUCAAAACAGAAGUUGAUUAAUCAUAAAUUUUAAAUUUGUAUUGUUAAUUUUAUGAUUUUGCAUACUGUAUUAAAAAAAAAAAUUAUGACAGGUAUUUUAUAAAUAACUGUUUUUAUGAACAUUGUCCAAUAACGACAAAAGAAUAGCUAUAAAAAGUAGGUAACUUUUAAAGAUUAAUUAACUAUGAAUUUUCUGUUAAAAAGGUAUUUAAUUUUUUUUUUUAUUAUUAUUUGGUUAUAAUAAUUUUGUUACACAAUAUUUAUGUGUAUUGAUAAA